UUCAAGUACGUUGGCUGAAUGUUUGCACUUCCUGUUAAAUAUUUAUCCGGGUUUGAAAUAUAAAAACCAAGACCAAAGAGCAGAGAUUCUGAGUUCUGAUUAUUGGAACAGUUUUAGAGAGAAGGGUUGGGUGUUGAAACUCUGUUUGGUUCCUCAAGUAGAGGCUUCAGGUCUUGAAGAUGAUUGUCCUCAAACAUGUACUCCUCCUAUCAGCCUUAGUGUUGGUUUGCUCUGGGAUAUGGACAUGUGUUGUGGAAAGCUCUGGGGUGCCUCAAGAAGAAGUGGAUGCCCUCAAGCAAAUAGCUAAAACCAUGGGGAUUACUGCCUGGGAGUUUAAAUUGUUUAAUGCUAGUGAUUGUGUUGUGGGAACUGUUGAAAUAGCACCACCAGCUCAGCCUGAUCAGGAAGCUGAAAGCACGGUUACUUGUGAUUGCAGUUUUAGCGAUGCUACCUGCCAUAUUGUGAGCAUAAUCUUGAAACGAUUGAAUCUUCCAGGAACACUUCCUCCUGAACUGGCCAACCUUACUUAUCUCCAAAACAUUGAUUUUGCCUACAACUACUUGAAUGGUUCAAUACCAACCCAAUGGGCUUCAAUGCCAUUGAUAAAUAUCUCUCUUCUUGCAAACCGCCUAUCAGGGGAAAUUCCUAAGGAAAUAGGAAACUUUGCCAAUCUUUCAUACUUGAGUCUUGAAGCAAAUCAAUUUUCAGGACCAGUCCCUUCAGAGAUUGGGAAGUUAGUUAACCUGCACACAUUGAUUCUGUCCUCGAAUCAGUUGAGUGAAACUUUGCCUAAAGAACUUGGUGGGCUUGACUUGAGAGAUUUUAGGAUCAAUGACAACAACUUCAACGGAACAAUACCGGAUUUUAUUCAGAAUUGGAUACAACUCACCAGACUAGAAAUGCAUGCAAGUGGAUUGCAGGGUCCCAUUCCGUCUAACAUUUCUGUUUUGAAAAAUUUAAAUCAGUUGAGGAUUAGUGACAUAAAUGGGACAAAUCAGCCUUUUCCAGUGCUGGAUAAUAUAAAAAGCCUUAGACGAUUAGUUCUGAGGAACUGUAAUAUUUCUGGAGAAAUCCCUUCAAUCAUCUGGAGAAUGACUAAUUUGCGAGUUCUGGAUCUCAGUUUCAACAAGUUAACUGGAGAACUUCCCACUGCCAUAAGCUCAGACAGUUUGAAAUUCAUCUUUUUAACUGGCAACUUGCUCAGUGGAAAUAUAUCGGGGUCAUUCUUGAAGGAUGGAGUUACCAUUGAUCUUUCUUACAAUAACUUUACAUGGCAAAGCCCUGAGCAACCUGCUUGUGACAAUUACAAUGGUGCAAAGUUAAAUUUGUUUCAAGCCUUCUCAAAGGAUAACAGCUUAAAAGGAGUUCUUCCAUGCAGAACAGAUCUCAAAUGUAAAAAUUAUGGGCAUUCUUUAUAUGUUAAUUGUGGUGGAGAAAAGGUGAAAGUUAAUGAAGACAAAAGAAGCAUCACCUAUGAAGGAGAUACAGCAAGGGACAACAGUGAUGCAAAAUACUAUUUAAGUGCUGAUAACAACAACUGGGGAUUUAGUAGCUCUGGAGACUUCAUGGAUGACAAUAAUGAACUAAAUAAAGAUUAUAUUAUAACUUCAAAAUCACAAAUCUCUGAGACAUUAUACAACACAGCACGAAUUUCUCCUCUCUCUCUCACUUAUUUCAGAUAUUGUCUACAAAAUGGGAGUUAUAGUGUGCGUCUCCACUUUGCCGAGAUAGAAUUCACAAAUGAUAGUACAUACGGAAGCCUUGGGAAACGCAUGUUUGAUAUUUAUGCCCAGGAUGAAUUGGUAAAGAAGGAUUUCAAUAUUGAAGAUCAUGCCAAAGGGGCUCUUAAGCCAUAUACUUUACCAUUUAAUGCAACUGUGACAAAUAAUGUGCUAGAGAUCCGCUUCUAUUUUGCUGGCAGAGGAACAACUAGAAUUCCUCAAAGAGGAGUCUAUGGCCCCCUCAUAUCAGCUAUCUCUGUGGAUCCCAAUUUCACACCCCCAUCUGAAGGUGGAAAGACAAAGACUGCACCUAUCAUUAUUGGAGUUGUAGCGGCAUGUCUUAUUUGCUUGGCACUGGGAAUUUUUUGGUGGAGAGUCAACUUGAGAACCAAAAAUGGGAGAGAAAAAGAUUUUGGAGGAUUAGAUGUCCACAUAGGAUCCUUUACCUUAAAACAAAUAAAAGCUGCCACCAACAAUUUUGAUUCUCUAAACCAGAUUGGGGAAGGUGGAUUUGGUCCUGUGUACAAGGGGCUAUUACCUGAUGGUACUGCGAUUGCCGUGAAGCAGCUUUCAUCUAAAUCAACUCAGGGGAAUCGUGAAUUUUUGAAUGAGAUAGGCAUGAUUUCUUGUUUGCAGCACCCAAAUCUUGUGAAACUUCAUGGAUGUUGUAUCGAAGGGAACCAACUCUUGCUCGUAUAUGAAUACAUGGAAAAUAAUAGCCUUGCCCGUGCCUUGUUAGGCCCAGAAAACUGUCAACUGAAACUGGAUUGGCCAACAAGGCAGAAGAUUUGUGUUGGGAUAGCCAGAGGUUUAGCUUUUCUCCAUGAAGAAUCAAGACUCAAGAUUGUUCACAGAGAUAUCAAAGGUACAAAUGUACUGCUUGAUGGGGACCUAAAUCCCAAAAUUUCCGACUUUGGGCUGGCUAAACUUCAUGAAGAGGAGAAAACCCACAUCAGCACCCGAGUUGCUGGAACAAUAGGGUACAUGGCUCCAGAAUAUGCACUUUGGGGUUACCUAACCUAUAAAGCAGAUGUUUACAGUUUCGGAGUUGUGGCUUUGGAAAUUGUUAGUGGGAAGCACAAUAUGAGUUAUCAGCCCAAGAAUGAUUGUGCUUGUCUUCUAGACUGGGCCUGUUCUUUGCAGCAAAGUGGAGACAUAAUGGAGCUAGUGGAUCAAAAGCUGGGAUCUGAAUUCAACAAGAAAGAGGCAGAAAGGAUGAUCAAAGUAGCUCUCUUAUGCACUAAUGCUUCCCCAUCACUAAGGCCAAACAUGUCUGAAGCGGUUAGCAUGCUGGAAGGAAUAACUACCAUCCCAGAUGCAAUACCAGAAGCAGGUAGCUACAGUGAAGAUUUGAGGUUUAAGGCUAUAAGAGAAUAUCACAAGCAUACAAGAUCUAAGGUUUUGGAAAUAAGUGAGGUCCAAGCUGACUCAACAUCAGGCAGACAGGCUUGGAUUCAAUCUACCUCUGCGUCUGCCCAUGAUCUCUAUGAUAUUAACAUGGAGUCGUAUUUGAGGUCUAGAUCCACAAGGCAACAUAAUACAGAGAUAGAAAGCCAUCUUUCAGAAGGAACCCAGACUGAGAUAACAUCAAAACAUCCAUGGAUUAGCUCUUCCUCUACAUCUGGCCAGGAUCUUUACAGUUUUAACCUGGAAUCCCACUAGUGUUCACAGGUAUAUGAGAAUUCUCUCCAGUCCCUCGAAAAACCUUUCAAAACCAUUACUUCUUUCUUUUGCUUUUAUACCUUUAAGGAUGCAUAUAGUACACAGGGAUACUUCAAAAUUCCCAGAAGAUUGAGUUUCGAUUUCCAUAAUAAUGGUUUCUUAUUCAUAUCCAUAUUUCUUAUAAGUAAUCCAAACACAAUAAUGGAUGAAAGAUUGAAUGAAUUUCUUAUUCUUUAUGCUCCA